AGAUGCUUGAGUGACUCAAAUAGCUAGCUAGAUGGUUAAACCUCUCAAAUGUCACUAUAUAAACCGCCAUACCCUUCUCAUUCAACCUCACCCCUUCUCUUAUAAUCAUACCUAAAGCUUUCAACAACAUUCUUUCCAUAUGGAAAAAAUAGGGUUUUACUUCCUAGUUCUCGCUACCAUCGUCGGGUGCACCGCAGCCGCCCGUGGCACCACCUCACCCACCACAGACUUCGUCAAAGCCUCAUGCAAAACCACCCUGCACCCACCUCUAUGUGUCCGCUGUCUCUCAACCUAUGCUAACUCUAUCCAAGGAAGCGAUCACCGCCUCGCCAAAGCAGCCGUUACAGUCAGCCUAAACGACGCCAAGUCAGCAGCCGCAUUCAUUUCUAAACUAGCUCGACUCUCCGGGAUAAAACUCCGAGAGCAUCAAGCUGUUAGAGACUGUAUCAGCACCAUGACCAACAGUGUGACAAGUCUAAGCCAGUCGGUUCAGGAGCUCGAGCGGAUGGCUCGCGCCAAGGGUGAAGACUUCGACUGGCACAUGAGCAACGUGGAGACUUGGGUGGGCGCGGCUCUUACUAAUCAAAACAUAUGUAGCAGGGGGUUUACUAUGAAGGGACAUGUGAAGGAUGUUGUGACCAAAAGGAUGGUUUAUGUGUCACAAGUCACUAGUAAUGCACUAGCUUUGGUCAACAGGUUUGCGGUCAGGCAUAGAAAGGGUAUUCAUAAGCCAUGAGUCUAUAAGAUGUGCACCAUAAGAAUACCAUGUACAAUACUGAAUAGAAAUUAGUUUGUGUCAAAUGUACCACUCAUCGUUCUAUGUCGAAACUGUAUAAACAUAGUAUCAUGUUUUUCAUAUAUGUGAAGCUAUCAUAUAUCUGUAUGUUUAAUUUUUAAGCUUUGUUAUUCUUGGAUCAAUACAAGGAAGAUGGUUACAAGUU